CCAUUACUGUUCCGCAGAGACCUGUACUUGGUUCAUCAUGGCAGCGAACAGUAGCAACAACACGAGCAGUAAAAGCGGCGGAAAGCAAUCAGCUCCCUCCGCCGAGCAGGUGGUGGCUACUUUUCAGAGGAUGCGACAGGAACAGCGCAGUAUGGCUUCUAAAGCUGCAGAGUUUGAGAUGGAGAUCAAUGAACACAGCCUUGUCAUUGACACACUAAAGGAAGUAGAUCCCUCACGAAAGUGCUUUCGUUUAGUCGGGGGUGUGCUGUUGGAGAGGACCGUCAAAGAAGUUUUGCCUGCUUUAGAAAACAACAAAGAACAGAUUUCAAAUAUUGUGGAGUCGCUUAACACACAGAUGCAGGCUAAGGGGAGGGAACUGACGGAAUACCGUGAACGUUACAACAUCCGAUUAGUCGGAGAGGAUGACAAACAGGGCAAAGCGGAUGCCAGUCAAGCCAAAGAGAGUGAAGGAGGAGGAGGAGGAGGGUCCAAAGGUGGCGCUGGAGUGCUUGUCUCUUAGUGGAUGUGUUCCUUAAUAACUAAUUAGGAAUUGUGCUUGUUGGCACUUUAAUACACAGGGAGAGAUUGAGAGAACAUGUUUCUUGUUUAGUCUUACAGAUGCCAGUUAUUAUACACAAAAGAGAGUGAAAGUCUUAGUUUCAGUUAAGUGAAAAAAUUUUGUAUGCUUUUUUUAUUCUCAUCAUUUGACAGCAGUUGAUCUUAGCAAAAUAAAAAUCAUCAUUGAGCAAAACAAAAUUGAAGAGUUUAAAGAGUCAAUUUGUUGCCUUUUGAUUCAGUUUAUUACAACUAACAGUCAAAAGAAAAAAACAUGUCUUAGUUGAAGUGCAUAAAUUCACCUGAACUUAACAUAUUUGGCUCAGAAUCUGGACUUUUUCAACUUCUGCUUUCGGGAAGAAAUUGUGUUUAGUUGUUGGUGCCAUUUUGACUGAAAUUACCAUAACGACCACUGACUUUCUUGUAACAUGGACCUCUGACCCCCAUCAUUGAUCACAUCAUGGACAAGAUUUGUUUUGUUAUUAUGGUUGUUUUGGUUAAUUAAAAAUACAAAAUUG